UAAACCCUACAACAAGAAGUGUGCAGUCGUGCAGACAGUCGGUCUGAAUUAUGACUCCGGCCGCCGGAAACAAUGACGGAGAAGCCUUUCAGACGACGGUUUUCAUCGCCACCAGCCUCGAUACUCAUCUGGUUACCAUGGUUUCCGGCUCCGAUACCGUAUCCGAUUUCAAAAAGAAAAUAAUGUCAGAGCAUCGUCACUGUUUUCCUGCUAUUGGAAAUAUAAAAAUCCAUAGCUUGAAGGUUAAACGAAGAGAAGUCUUCUAUCACUUAUCGGAAUCUAUGCUUGUUAAGAAUGCAUUUGGGAAUACAAAAGGAAAUUGGUAUAUGUCAGUAGAUGCUUCUAGUUUAGAGCAAGAUAUCGAUAUUCAACAUAUCGAUAAACGCAAGGCCGACAAUCGAUUAGCCUUACCUUGGGUAACACAUAAUGGUUUAAAUAAUAAAAACGUCGAUGGUGGUUCCUGUAAAGAUGUUUCAAAAAAUCUAAAGGAAGAUAGGUCAUCUGAUGAUAAGCAGUUGGUUAUAAAUAAGGAAAUAAAUUCAAAAAAAAGAGCGCGUGAUGUGAGUAACGAUAAUUUACUAAACGACCCUUCAGAGUGUGGACUUUCUGUGAAGAAGAAAAGGAAGACUCGAAGGGUAAAAAGCCAUGUUAAAGGUUUAGAAGAAACUUUGGUUUUAACGUAUGAUAACGAUAAGGUGAAAGACAGUGGAGUUAGCAUUAACAACGAGAAUACCUUUGAACGUAAAUUAAAAGAUAAAGAUUUGAUUGAACCUGUUGCUGAUGUGGCAAUUGUAGCGGAAAAGAAUAAUCAGCAUGAAAUGUCUGAGAAAGAGAAAGAAAGUGAACCGGUCCGAAAGGCAGUUAUGGAGAAUGAAAUACCUUCUUCACCAACGAGAACUUCUGAGUGUGAACGUGAUGCUGCUGGAUUAACCGUUGUGGGUCCUCUGAAAGGCGGUUCCAAACGUUCUACCAAACAUAAAGCAGCUGAAGAGGAAGUUGCUUCUACAUCUUUCAUUAAAAAACUUCAAAACAUAACCAAAGAUGCUAUCGAUUCAUCACAACAAGCCGUAGGAUCCAACGGUCAGGAUUCUAGAGGUGUUUUGAUUUAUAAACACAUGGAAGACAUAGAAUUCCCACUGAAACGAGGACCUGAAGUGAAGCUUACCGAGAGGAGAAAAAAGGUCAAGAAGUCAGCCGCAAAAAUCAAAAAAGAAACACUAGUGAUGCAUGCCGAUGAUGCUGCAACGUCAAUAGAUGCCUUGCAUGUUGAUUGUGUUAGAAACGACGGUAUUUUGUCGAACAACGAUGUUGAAUUAUUAGGAACUGAGAAAAGGUUAGGUGAAGUACAAGUAGAAAACGUUGAUGAUAUAUCCGAAGUGAAGCUUCCCGAUAGGAGAAAAAAGGUCAAGAAGUCUACCGUAAAAGUCAACAAAGAAACAACAUCAGUUAAUGCUCUAGUUUUAGAUGAGAAAGUUAUCGGUGAAAAACGCGAAGUUUUAGAAACAACAUCAGUAGAUGGUAUAAAGAAAAACACAAGAAAAAAGAAAACCAAAAAAUCUGCAUCGAGAAACGAGGAUGAGAUAAUAACGAAGCACGUUAACGGUGAGAUUUGUGAUAAUGUUACGAAAGGUGGUAGUAAUUUGCUUGAUGGUGGUGGAGAAGAUGAACAACAGUUAUAUGACGGAUUAACGGGAAAGGCGAAGAGGAAGAAGAAUAAAUCUUCACUGGCGGGCCCACGGGAUCGGUUAAGUAAGCUUCAAUCUACUGAAUUUGAGUUAGAAUCAAAGAAAAGUCAAAGUGUUGACCACCGUCAGCUUCCGGAAGAUACCUCCAAGAAUGUGACUGGAUCUGAAGUUUCUAAGGUUAAUAACGAAGUUUGUAUCACUAAUGACGGAUCUAGCGAAAUUAACUUCAUGGACCAUUUUGCCCCUGGUCACAAAUCGAAAAAAACAAAUUAUAAAACGAAAGAUGAUUCCAGGAACAGUGGUGCCAUUCGGUCGCGGAAAAUAAUUUCUAAAAAUGAAAACAACAAAGCCGUAACAGAUCCAAAUAUUGAUGAUGAAUCGAGUUCAAGCUCAAAAAGUUUCGGCAGAUCUUAUCACCGUCAAAAGAGCAACAAACAGCAAUCAGUUGCAGGCCCCGUGAAGAAAAAUUUACCAGCAGUGAACGGUUUGUUGAAUACGCCUGGAAAUGUAUUCGGGGAUGAGGAGAGCGACAGGAGUUCUGCUGAUGAUAAUGCAGCUGUAAAUUCAGAUUCUAGCACACGAACACCAUCGAGAAAGUUAACGUCAUCGUCAGGAGAAAGUGAUUCAAGCAUAGACUCGAGAAGAAACAGGUCUUUUGCCGUAAAAAGAAAAGGUGGUGGAAAAGUUAGUCGGGCCUCAGAGAACAAGUCUAAGAAGGUGUCAAUGGCUGACCUUUUAAGAAGUUCAAGUAGAUUCAAGAAAGCUAAAUUCACUGCAUCACAACAGGUUGAUGAUACUGAAAGUCAACCCGUUGACGUUGUUCCCGAUAGUCAACCCCUUGGCUAAGUCGUAAGCGCGGCUAUAAUUUUGUCUGAGAUUUUGGCUCCCCUUAUUUUUGCUAAUAUUGCAGUCUGUUUUGGAAGGCUUCUUUACAAUUGAAAUAUUAUGUUUAUUUAGUUAGGGGGUAAUUUUGGCAGUUUUGUUGUCUUUCCCCCCCC